AUGUUGUGCUUCUCUAUUGACUCCCCGGACUCGUUGGAGAACGUCCAGCUGAAAUGGGUCGGCGAAAUUACCGACCACUGUGACGGGGUCAAAUUGGUAUUGGUGGCGCUCAAAUGCGAUUUGCGGCUGACCGACGACCACGACGACCCCCACCACCCGGAAGACGACUCGUUUAACCCUUACGGCGGCCAGCAGAACCCAAGACGGUUGAUUACUUAUGACGAAGGGUUGGCGAUGGCGAAGAAGAUCGGCGCCCUCAAAUACAUCGAGUGCCUGGCGAAGAAGAACCGAGGGGUCAACGAAGCGUUUUCUGAAGCCGCCCGGUGUGCGUUGCACGCCAGGCCAGCGGGUCUGAACGAACAGGAACCGGAAAAGAAGGGGUGUGUCAUCGUGUAA